AUGGGAGUGCCGGCAUUCUUCCGAUGGCUGUCGAAGAAGUAUCCGUCGAUUGUUGUCGAGUGCGACGACGGCGUGAAAGGAAAGGCACACUUCGACAACCUAUACCUCGACAUGAAUGGUAUUAUCCAUCCGUGCAGUCAUCCCGAGUAUAAGGCGGCCCCAGAGACCGAGGAGGAGAUGUUUGUGGCCAUCUUCGAGUACAUCGAGCGCAUUAUGACGAUCGUGAAGCCCAAGAAGUUGCUGUACAUGGCUGUGGACGGCUGCGCCCCGAGGGCUAAGAUGAACCAACAGAGGAGUCGCCGCUUCCGCGCCUCUCAGGAGUCGAUCGACCGCUUGCUUGAGAUCCAGAAAAUCAAAGACGAGUUGAGAGGAAAGGGUAUUGAAGUGAAGGACAAACCAAAGUCGGCUCACUUUGACUCGAAUGUGAUCACUCCCGGCACUCAAUUCAUGAUCAAUUAA